CUCGGCUUGUCAAACAAGCAAGGUCAACUACUGCUACUAGGUUUGGACAAUGCUGGGAAAACGACUCUGUUGCAUCGCUUGCGCACAGGAGAUAUUCGGCACUUUCCCCCCACCGAUCGGCCCUCCCAAGAAUAUUUUCGGUACGGAAAUGUUUCUUUUCAAGCCUGGGAUUUGGGGGGACACGAAGCCGUUCGACAUCUUUGGGAAGACUACGUUUCCACACAAGUAUCGGCGGUCUUUUUCAUGAUUGACGCUACCGACGACGGCCGCGUAGAAGAGGCCGCGUACGAAUUGGACGCCCUGAUCGGCGAACAACUAGUCAAGGAUAUCCCCGUCGCGGUACUACUCAAUAAAUGUGACGAAGAGGAACGAGCUCUCACCAGCGCCGAUAUUUGCCGUCGAAUUGAGUACGACAACCUCGCACAGACACAAGGUACAGACAAGAUGGCUGUCUUUCGAAUAUCCGUUCUCAAAGGGGAAGGUUACCAGGACGCUUUCCGCUGGAUCAGCAACUUUCUGACAUAG